UCUCAGACUUGUUUGAGCCUCUCGUGUCGGCCGUGAGGCCUGGUGUUGCCACUCAGGUGUCACAAAAGGCACAAACGUCUGCAGCAUCACCAAAGAAAGAUCAAACCAGGAACGAGUCCCGCAGAUCGAUCACCGGCGGUAACAUUCGACGGAUCACUGUACUACACCUUCGUCACAUUGAUACACUCGCCGCCCCGCUUAUAUUCUCUCUUCCGUCCGUCCAUCAUCAUCGCGGGGACGAAGCAGAUGCCCCGUCUCGAGUUCGUCUGACUGACGGGUAUCGCUGGUUUCGAGAUAGACUGCAGACUGUAAAUCGUCUGACCCCCUCGGUGGAGAGAACGUACUCUAUAGGGCGACUGGACCUUGCGAGUCGCGAAGUAUUUAUCUGGCCUCUGCGUCCCUCCUCUGCGAACGGCCAGUCAUGAGCGUGAAUGCAAGUGAAGUGCAUACGCUGCAGAUUGUCAUCAUGCAGAUGGGUGUCGGCUUCCUCUUCUAUGGGAUGCAGGCGGCUUUGUCGGGCGCUGCGGUGACCUUCAUGGCUCGCAGGGACAUACGGUCAGGCCUCGUCAUCGCCGCGGUCGCCGGACUUUUCAUCUCUUCGACCAUCGAGGUCGUUGCGAACAUGGCGUUCUACGUCGCCCAGUACCCGACGUUUCGAUACCCGUCGAUUCCUGGCCUUGAGCUGCUGUUGACCCGUCUGAACGUGGUGAUUGUGGUGGCAUCGCGGUUCAAUUACGUCGUCAGCGACACGGUUGUCGCAUGGCGGGCUUGGGUGCUAUGGCCCGAGCACCUCGCCGUGAAGGUCGUUCUCUCGCUUUGUAUAUUCUGCAGCUUCGCUGGCGCCGUCGCGAACUGCGUAAUAGAGUUGAGAGCGCCGGUAGCCUUGCCUGACACCUUUCGCUCGUUCAUAUACACGAUCCCGGUACUCUUUACGAACGUCGUCGCCACAUCCCUCGUGGGCGUAAGAGUCUGGUAUUACCGAAGGGACGUCAAAGGCUGGAUGGAGCAGAUGACGAGGAGGACCAGAGCGGAGAAGAUUCUCCUUCUCCUCGUUGAAGUCGGGCUCAUCUACUGCCUACUAUGGGUGGUAUAUAUCGUCAUGAAGGCCAUCGACAACCCCGGCAACUCGAGAUAUGCCUUCGGCGUACUCGGAAAUACAUACCACUCGCUCACCGGAAUCUACGCCACCUUCAUCAUUCUAGCCGUGGCGAUGCAAAGAUCCACAACGGAGACCUUGCGAGAGACCAAGUUCUCACAAGCACUACGGUUCGCAGAGCCAGUGUCUGCUCAAGAUCAGACGACAGAGCUUGAUGCCUCCGUGGGGACUAGCUUAACAUACAUUCACGACGGUCAGCGCGGCGAAAGCAGCACCGCCGGGCAGUCAUUGCAGGAGGAGGAGUACUUACGUUCUCGUGAUGUCUCUCGCACGGACCGUUGUAACGUGCACGAAUGAAUUAUUGUGAAAGUGGACAAGAAAG